UUAUACGAUCCAUCAAAUUUGAGAUUGGCUGAAUGACAUAGUGAUCUUAGUUCAUAUUGACUUAAUUGUUAAUUUAAGUCAUUUUCUUAAUAUUAAACUCAAAAAUGGAGAUUUUGAUUGUUCAAACAGGAGGUACAAUAGAUAAGUGUUAUCCUAAAAAUAUUGGGGGUUAUGCCUUUGAAAUCGGCAAUAGUUAUGCCAUGGAGAUUUGCAGUAGAUAUACAUUGCCGGAUUACAUAAAAUUUCAACUCACCAAACCAUUUUUAAAGGAUAGCUUAGAAAUCUCAAUGGAAGAUAGAUCCGAACUUAUUAAUUUAUUGAUAGAUACUCAGUUUGAGAAGAUACUUAUCACUCAUGGAACGGAUACAAUGAUUGAAACUGCACAGUAUUUAACUAAUUAUGAAGAGAAACUUAAAAACAAAUGUAUUGUGAUAACAGGUGCUUUUCGACCCGGUGUAUUCAAAAAUACAGAUGCCGACUUCAACGUAGCAUUUGCAAUUGGUGGACUGAUAAUGUCAAAGAAGCCAGGAAUUUUCAUAGCAAUGCAUGGUCAGUUCUACCAGCCAAGUGAAGUUGUUCGUGAUGGAGAAACAGGGACUUUUAUUCCAAUCGGAAAUGAAAAGUGAGAGCCAUCAGAGCAUAACCUAGUAUACAAUUGUUAGAUUCUAGUCGAACGUUCACCAGAGAAAUCAACUUGCUACUGUUUUUAUUUAAAAUAGCAUAGAUUGAUUAUGAACAGCGAACUAUCAAUACAAGUUUGGGAAUUCUAGAUGCACUUAACGAGAUAAUACAUUUGUUUUUUUACUUUGUAUUAUUACUAUCUUUCUUGAUGCUUCCAUUUAAGGAUAUUUCUUAAAAUCUGCUAUUAUCAGCAUGGAAAUUUCUCGUAGAUUUUAUGGGAUAGUUGUCAAGAAGCAACAUUUUGUGUUUUCGUCGCUUGGUUUUUUUUAACCUCUAGUUUGAGAUCAAAAUCACUUUUCAUCCAUAGAUUUAUUCUCAAAUAGAUAUUUUUGACAUCAAAA